UCUUGUUCUUGUUCUUGUGGGAAACGCAGAAACCCGUGGUGUUCGACCUUUCCCUCGUGGUCAGGGGGAAUUCUGCGCGUUUACGUGAUGGGUUUGACGACCCGGCAUCCUUUCAUACGUCGCCGGGCGUCGUCGGUCAAACCGUGAAGCCCGCGACAGCGACGGGUGGAAUUCAGACGCCCAGAGAAAGAAAAACGAAGGCUUGUUCUUGAACACCCCCCCGGAAGGACAGAAAGUUGGACUCGGAGUUCUUCUCGUUCUAGCGCUUUUCCUCUUCUCUUCUUCUCGCGGAAAAGUGCCGACUGCGAAUAGAUGGCUGAGAGGGAAAGAGUUCACCCAGAUUGCGUAAACGCGUCGAAUCCUUUCCACAGAUGCGUGGAAGAUUGCUACAUAAAGAUUGCCACAUCAAAGGCCCGCAAGAGCAAAAGUUUUACAGGAUACAAUGUCGGAACUGAUGGUUUCCAGAAUUCAAGAAGGAAAACGGCUAGGGGGUCGAGUUUUAACAACAAGCCAGCAAAUGCGCAUGAGAAAUCAACUGUCCAUACCGUCCCUGUAGCCACUGAUCGGUCAUCUACUGCAAACUUAACUUCUCCAAAAAGCGAACUGGAGAGCACAAAUCCUGUGUCGUCAUCUGUGCCUUUCUCCGGAGAGAUUCAUGUCGAGGACUUCUCAUUCAACAGGGGGCAACUUGGGACCUCUCGUUUGACUACAACUUCAGGACAUGCCACACCAGCUCUUGGUCUCUCUCCAGAUCGUCACGUUAAAGCUUCGAGUUCAGGUGUUACUGAGAUUACAUCGUGGAAACCACCAAAAGAGACGGAAAGCAAUCAGCAUCACAUGCCCCCUGAGGUAGUCUCAUCCAUUGCCGUCAAUGGUGCGGAAGAAGGCACUCAACAUAGAGGAGUGCAUGACCAUUCUCUGAGCUCCAGCAUUUCUGAUCCGGACCGUCCGUCUGAAGAGAGCCGUGAGGAGGAGGUCCACUCAGUUGCAUUGGAUUCCAGAGUUACCGUCGGGAAGUACUAUGUUAAAGAAAGUGUCUCCUCUACUUUACGGGCCAUUUUUGACAAGUAUGGGGAUAUAGCUGAGAGCUGUCGCAUGGAAUCGAUCGCCAUGCGUUCUUAUUGCCUCGAGUGCGUCUGCCUCGUGGUCCACGAUCUCCGGUCCUCCUCAACCACUCAGCUAACGGAGUCUAAACUCCGAGAAAUGUCAGCGGUUCUAAAGGACUUGGAAUCCUCGCAAAUUAAGGUCGAUUGGUUGCGCCAAGUGCUCGAAAGGCUUUCAAAAUCCGGGGAGCUCAUCACUCAGUGCGACGCCAUCAAGGUAGAGAAGGCCAAAUGCGAUCGCGUCUUCGAGACUACAAAGAAAAAACUAGAACGUCAUCUGGAAGAUCUGGCGGAGAAAGAACAGGCGGUCGCGGAUGCAAAGGCGCGAGUGGCCAAGACCCAAGAUCGCCUAUGUCAGAUCGAGCUGGAAUCUUCCAAAUUGGAGGAGUCCGUCGCGUCCCUGCAGUCCCAGAUCAAAAGCGGUCGCAUCGGCAGCUUGUUAGACGAACUGGUGUGACGGAAACAGAGACAGUAGUAGUAACAGAUAGAGACGGAUGUUGCGAUACUAAUAAGCUUAAGCUAAGCUAACCCACGAUAGGAUCAUGGGCAGUGAGGACGUGGGUGUGAUUUGUAUAUGUCAUUGUAACAACAGAGAUCGAGUCAACAGGUGAACAAAACUUACGUUCAGGUCACUGAGAGCUCAUGGGAACACAAUAAACGCUCGAGUUAGCGCAUCGAAA